UGAUAAUAAUAGUAUUUUACGUUAUAAACAAAUGCUCGCAAAUGUGAAACGAGUACAUAAUUCGGCGUUUGUAUCGCCAAAAAGGAGCCUGAAUACCAAAAAAAAAAAAAAAAAUUCUUUUUCUGCGCGACAUGAGAUUUUAAGUUUUCAACCGUACUUAUACUCCUUUUUGCCGCCAUGAGAUGAAUCACGGUCUCUCACUUCUGGUAGAUAGCUGCCGAAGUAUCAGAUCAAUAAAAUCUGUCCAUGCCCGUCUUCUGAUAGAUGGCUCGCUCUAUUCGUCUGAGCUCCUUCUCAACAAAGUCCUCAGGGCCUAUUCGCGCCUAGGAGACAUAGAAUACGCUUGUAAACUUUUCGACGGAAUUCCACGACCAAAUGCUUUUCUAUGGACAGCCUUGAUUCAUGGCCAUGUAGAAAAUCGUCAAUAUAAUGAAGCUUUGGGGGUUUUCCGUCGUAUGCUGAGUAAGUCCGUACCACCCUUGAACUUCACUAUUGCGUCCGUCCUCAAGGCUUUGUCUCGGCGAACAAGAUUGAAGGAUGGGGCGGUCAUUCAUGGGUUCGUCUUGAAAUCCGGUCUGGAUUCUGAUCUCACCGUACAGAACUCCGUACUCGACUUUUUCUCGAGAUGCGGGGAAGUAGAUAUCGCAAGAAGGCUAUUUGAUGGGAUGGUCCACAGGGAUAUUGUUUCGUGGAAUUCUAUGAUCAAUGGCCAUGUAAAUAAUUGCAGGAUUAAUGCUGCACAARAAUUAUUUGACAGAAUGCCAGAGAGAAAUGUGAUUUCAUGGACAACCAUGAUCUGUGGGUAUGUAAAACUUGGCAACAUGGCGGAGGCACAGGCUGUUUUUGAUAGAAUGCCUGUCCGGGACUUAGCCUCAUGGAAUUUAAUGCUUUCUGGAUACGUGGAUGUUGGUGACAUCAUGACCGCGUAUCGUGUUUUUGAACAAAUGCCAAAUUGGGAUACUGGUUCUUGGAAUCUGAUGAUMUCUGGAUUCUGCAAAGCAGGGGAACUUGAAUCUGCAAGAGACUUUUUCAAUAGAAUGCCAAAGAGAAACAUCACAUCAUGGGCCAUGAUGAUUGAUGGCUAUGCUAAAAUGGGUGAUAUUGAUAGUGCAAGGUGUUUGUUUGAUCAAAUGCCAGAGAGGAACCUGGUGUCUUGGUCCACCAUGAUUGCUGGUUAUGUUAAAAAUGGGCAUCCACGUCAAGCGCUGGAGUUGUUUGAACAGUUUAAGGAGCAGGGCAUUAAGUUGGAUGAAGCUUUUAUCUUGGCAAUUGUAUCAGCUUGCUCACAGUUAGGAACUCUAGACACAGCUGAAUCUAUGGUUUCCGAAUAUGUGCCGUCUUACUUGUCCGAUUUACGUCUGGUUACGAGUUUAAUAGACAUGUAUGCAAAAUGUGGAAGCAUUGAAAAGGCCUUGCAAGUGUUUAAUAAGGCUUUUGGAAAGGAUUUGCUUUGCUACAGCACCAUGAUCACAGCUUUUGCAAAUCAUGGAAUGGGUCAAGAUGCAAUCAAUCUGUUUGAUGAGAUGGUAAGGGCAAAUAUAGAACCCGAUGGAGUAACAUUUCUUGGGCUCUUGAGUGCUUGUAACCACGGGGGCCUCGUCAAGGAGGGUAGGAUGUAUUUUAAACAAAUGACUGAAAAUUUCAAUAUCCAGCCAUCAGAAAGACAUUAUGCUUGUAUGGUUGACCUCCUUGGUCGUGCAGGAUGCCUUGAUGAUGCAUAUAACCUUAUAACUAGUAUGCCCAUGGAACCCCAUUCUGUUGUAUGGGGUUCCUUCCUUGCGGCUUGUAGGGUUCACAAUAAUGUUGAAUUGGCUGAAGUUGCAGCAAGUCAAUUAUUCAAGAUUGAACCAGAAAACUCUGGUAAUUAUGUCCUUUUGUCCAAUAUAUAUGCUGCUGCUGGGAGAUGGGAUGAUGUUGCUAAGGUGAGAGCAAUGAUAAGGGAACGGCGGGUCAGGAAGAACAGAGCUUCUAGCUGGAUUGAGUUGGGCUCUGUAGUUCAUGAGUUUGUAAUGGGAGAUAUGUCACAUAUACAAUCAGAUAGCAUUUACUUUAUUUUGGAUUUGCUUGUGGAAGAUAUGAAGAUAUUGGGGUAUUCUUUAUACUCCAACCAGGAGGUUGUCAAGGAAUGCCAAAUCUUGAGUUUUUCAUGAUAUCAAGCUUCAAAGAGUUAACAAUAAAGAUGUUCAUCUUAUUCAAGAGCAUUCAUGGUUUCCUCUGUGCUGGUUUCCUUACAACUUUAUCAUCUUUUUAUGAUUUGAAUGCGUUGAAUUUGUGAACAAGAGCCAUAUGGUGAAGAGRUUUUCUCACCCUUGUAACCACAUUUACCUCACAGGUCCAGUUCAAUAUUUUAGAAGUUGUAUGUGAUUUACACCUUGAGGCUUACUUGAAGCAACAGUUUGGGAAACUUGAGGAAUAUCCUUGGAGGCUUAAAUCUCCAAGGAUUAAUGAUUAAGAGUUUGAGGGGCACUACCAUGCCAAGAGUCACCUGAUAGGGUUCUUGUUGCAAAUUCAUUUUUAUUGUUACUACCUUGGCUAUAACAGCAUUCUUAUCCCAACUAUCUAGGUUGGCUACAUGAAUCCUAUUCUUCCAUUCUUCUUUGUUUAGGGUCAUAUUUUUUUUGUCAUAUCAUUGAGGAUUGUAAAUCUCAUAUUUGUUCUUGUUUAUAUCUCUGAAAUAAUGUUCUAUUUAUUAUGCUAACAGCUUAUAAUCUUAUAUAUAUAUAUUAAUUAUAUGUUUUCGUAUAGCUCAUUUGAAGCUCUAUUUCUUCUUGGGAGUUUCUGUAAUGGAAGUAUUUUGGAGCUACCAGCCUGCAAUGUAAAUUCAAUGUAAUUACCUUUUUACCAUGUUUCGAAAUAAGAAUGUAUAGUUCUAUUACUUUUUGAUCAGUUGAUGACUGGACAUUGUUUCUUA